CUUAGAUACACUACCUAAGUAUGUAACUAUUCUAUCUAUUUUCUGCCUGCUUUCUCUCUGUCUUCUCUCCUUCAACUCAGAGUAAAAACAUCUCCCAUUUCACACAACACUUCAGACGCAAUCACAAAGUCAACGAGUAUCAAACCAUGUCCAAUCAAUCAACUUCCCCCGCCGUCUCUUCUAUCCUCCCCACCUUGACUACCCUCCUGGGCCUGACUGGCGUUGUAACAGGCGCAAAUGCUCUUUUCUCAUCCAAACCAAUCGACGCCAUCCGUCCAUUUGGCCUGCAGAAGCCUAUUGCUGCAAACCCUAGCACCGACAACGACCCGCUGACAACGGCGCUCGUUCAUGUCUAUGGGAUCCGAAACAUCGGAGGUUCAUUGGGCACUCUUGGACUGACCGCAUUCUGGCAGAGGCAGGUUAAGGGAAGUGUUGCGGAGAGCGUGGCAAGGAGAUGUCUGGGGUUGAGCAUGCUACUUGGUACAGUGAUCGGUGUUGGUGAUGCGCUGCUUGUCAAUCGAUUUGGAGACAAAGUUGGUGGGGAGGUUGGGGCAGAGGCAAAGAAGGCGGGGCUUGGACACGGAGUGGCGGCGGUGAUCAUCGCUGCCAUCGGCUCGAUGCUGUUGUGGGUCUAGCUGUAGACUCGGAUACUACUCCAUACUCCCUACAAACAGCAGGGAAAAGAAGGGUUGAAGGGAUUCCAUAUCUAUGUUUUGUUUCUCCGAAGUAGGUAUUGUGUAUUGAUCGAGUAUGAAGGCGCGAAAUCUGUACACCAUGUUCAUACUACCAAUUAGCCUGAUGAAAGUGCUGCCAUUGUAAUGCAUUCAUGCUUACAUCUACUCGUAGCGCGAAGUAAGAAUAGACGACCCCUUAAGUGCGCUCGAGUCUCUAGAGAAAAGGAUUAUCAAUGAGUUCUAGCUCAGGUCUUGCAUUAGAAGAGAUAGUUUUCAGACAUCGCUCAAGAGAAGUAGUGCUGUAUACAAAAGGUCUAACAGAUUUAUUAGUACAUCUCUGCCUGUCUUCCCGCCUCGCGAG